AUGACGUUGCGGAGAGAAACGGGGUUAGCUGAUGCCAAAGUCAACCUCGUCGACAUCCCUUCUGCAUACCCGCCUUGCAUUCCGAAGCUUAACCGAUUUGUGAGCUGGCGGCUCUCUGAGUCUUUCAAAGGGUCCCAGACCUUCACUUACACUCUCCCGCGGUCAUGUCAUCUCUCCCAUGAUGAGAAGGGCGGAGUCAACUCUGGCGAAGCAUCUGCCGCAGAAACGUCUGCAGAAGUACUCUCUACGGAGCCAUCCUCUGCAGAGCCAUCGCAUACGGCCGUUAGCCCAGAGAGACCAGCACCCCUCGAGAUCGUGUAUCCAUUCAAAUCUGCAGGGUAUAGAAAUCAGCCUAUUGUAAUGAAGACGUCUCGCACGACUACCGCUAAGUUUGGACGAUUUUGGCUUCGGGACAAUUGCCAGUGUUCUGAGUGUGUCCAUCCAGAUACAAGACAACGAAGCGUGGACACCUUCUCCAUACCGCCGGAUGUGACCCCGAAAAAGGUCACCUACGAAGAGCAAAUCGCUAAAGUACAGUGUAUGCCCCCCAUUCUCUUGUUCCUGGGUAUCAGGGCUAACCGCAUGGAAGGGUCUGAUGGCCACCAGGGUGUCUACCCAGUUAACUGGCUAAAUAGUCUUGCACCGUUGAAAAAUCGUGCGGUUGACAAGUCACUGCCAAAUAAGAAAAUGAGAAAGUUUAUCGCCCAUAAGCCUGAAAGAACCUCUUACCCAACAGUCUUAUAUGAAGAGGUGAUGUCUAGUGACGAGGGCUUGUGUCAAUGGCUUCACAAUAUUUAUCUCCAUGGCUUCUGCUUCGUCAAAGGUGUCCCCGUUGACCCAGAAUCAACCAAGACCCUCCUGGAGAGAAUCGCCUUCAUCAGACAUACUCACUAUGGUGGCUUUUGGGACUUUACGGCCGAUUUGACAUUCAAGGACACUGCAUAUACCACAGAGUUCCUUGGUGCACAUACAGACAAUACGUACUUCACUGACCCGGCACGGCUUCAACUGUUCCAUCUAUUGUCACAUACCGACGGUGAUGGAGGCGCCAGCUUGCUUGUCGAUGGCUUUUGGGCUGCAAAAAUCAUGCGAGCAGAAAAUCCGCAAAACUUCCAAGUGCUAGCAGCAAUGCCGCAGCCGUUCCAUGCAAGCGGCAAUGAGGAAACCUGCAUCCAGCCCACAGAACAAAUGCCCAUUUUCAAGAUCCACCCGCAGUUUAAUUACCUGUAUCAAAUCCGCUGGAACAACUAUGAUCGGGCGGCUAAAAAGGACUGGACUGUAGAAGAGCAGAAUAGAUGGUACAAUGCAGCCCGGCACUUUAACGACAUAAUCACACGCGAGAAAAUGCAGAUAUGGACCCAGCUAGAGCCAGGAACAGCACUUAUUUUCGACAACUGGAGGAUGCUUCAUGGUCGCUCCGAAUACACCGGAAAGCGGAGGAUGUGUGGCGGAUACAUCAACAGCGAUGACUACGUUUCGCGUUAUCGCCUCUUGAGGUUCGGCAGAGAGAAGAUCCUGAACAACAUAGGCAACUUUAUGGGACGCAUCGACAACCCGAACUUCUUCCUGUAG